AUGGAAAACGAUAAUUUCUCGCAAGAUGAUUUAAAAGAACAAUUGGAUGAUCCUGAUUCAGCUCUAUUUCUUGCAUUACACAUGUAUUAUCAUGAGAAAAUUUCACAACUGCUUAAACAACAUAAAAUUCCUGAUACAAAGAAUAAUCUUUACAGUUUGGCAGCCGACAGUGUAACGAAGAACGGGUGGUUAGUCGGUGUAGAAUUAGUGAAAGGAAAGAUACUCUCAGUUAAGUACGAACCCCUACUGACAACAGUCAUCGCGAUGAUCAGUCUUCCUCCAGCACCACAACCAACACCAGCUCCAACUCUUGUCGAUACUUCUUGGCCUGACACAACACCAUUAGAAACAACCACACCGAUAAAACAGCCUGAGACCAAUACAUUAAAAACAACAAAGCAAAUACAAAAUCAACCACCAAAGAAAGAAAGUACCACCGCUACUGUAUCUGUAUCGAAACCAACGACUACAGCAGCCGACGUGCCACCGCCAGUAAAAGUUACUGAUAAAGAUGCUGAAGUCGCCAUCGUUCAGAAAUGCCGCACAACAGCUUUUUUACAAUUACAACAUCUGAUGCAAGCCGAUGAAUUAAAAUAUAUUGACAAAACUUUGAAAGAAAUCUCGCAAGAUAUAAUCAAUCGAUUUUACCGUGAACAACAACGACAUUUCCAGACUUUGUUCUUGAAUGUUUAG